CCCCCCCCCACAUAUCUAAAGAGAGUUGACCACUAAUAAUUAUCUUCUCUGGGCGGACAAUCCUGGUUUGGGAAUGCUAGCGAGCUAAACUGGUGGGUUUACAGGGGCUGGCGGGGACACCCAGACAUUGUACAUAUGGGCGGAGGAAGCCUGGACUCCCUGGAGUGGCAAACUUCAGCCGCCGAUGUCCUCGUACUCGUGAUGGAUUUUGCGGCCCACACCGCCCCGCCCCCCCAAAAAAUGAUUUAUGAUCGCAAGUUUCGCUGUAGGAACCAGAUGUAGUUUUACGACCAAUUUUCACUUCUGCAAAGUCAACAAUCAGAAGAGGCAGGCUCAGACUCAAAUCAUGGACGUAGCGGACGAUUCUUGCAGAUUGGAAACGAAACCUAUUCCCUCUCCGCCUUACAUCCGUACAUGGAUCUCGAUGUGGAAGAAGACGAACACCACGACAACUCAGAUCACGGCUAUAAAUUUGAUUUUGACUCUGACACUGAUUCUGAUUCUGAUUCUGAUUCUGAAGAAGAGUUCGAGGAGUUCAAGGUGGUCGAGUUCGAAGACGAGAAUAUGCAAGAGCCGACUGAAUACCCUGCCCAGCCUGCGCGUUAAAUACGUUAUCAACAUCACACUUUAUCGCGUGCAGCAAAUCUGUUGACAUUCAACAAAUAUUCGACUCUCUUCGGAAUAAGAGCUCCGCAUUUUAAUGCUACAGUACUUAAUGGGAAAAUUCGAGAGGAACACCAAAAAAAUCUAGUUUUCCUUUAAGU